AGAGUGAUUUUCCUGUUUUGAAGGCUGAAAUAAAUAAUAAAAUAAAUGUUUUUUUUUUUUAAUGAGUGAAGUAAGACUUCAUAAUAAAAAUAAAUAAUAACGAUGUAUUACGAAAUGUCAUUCGGUCAAUGUUCGCUACGUCAUACUUAAAUAGCAAGUGGCUUAUGUGUGUAUAUGUAUGUAUCAUCAAGUAAAAAGUUUUACGAUGGCGGAUAGAAAUGAGAAAGUGUUAAUGGAAUUAUUAAAAAAACCGGGUAACAAUGAAUGUGCCGAUUGUGGUAGUAAAAAUCCGGUAUGGGCAUCAUAUAAUAUUGGUAUAUUCGUGUGUACACGUUGCGCAGGCGUACAUCGAGGAAUGGGAGCACAUAUUAGUAAAGUAAAACAUUUAAAAUUAGAUCGAUGGGAAGAUUCACAAAUUGAACGAAUGAAAGAAGUGGGAAAUAAAGUGGCAAGACUAAAAUACGAAGAAAGAGUACCACCAUGUUACCGAAGGCCUACCGAAGAUGAUCCUCAAGUAUUAGUUGAACAAUGGAUAAAAGCGAAAUAUCAGCGUGAAGAAUUUUGCCACCCAGAACGACAGCAAUUGUAUAUAAACGGGCAUAUGGAGGGAUUUUUAAUGAAACGUGGCAAAGAAGAUAGUCGAUUUCACCCUCGAAAAUUUAUAUUAAACGAAACCGAAGAUACAUUAAAAUAUCAUGUAAAAGAGCGUAAAGAUCCGAAAGCAGUUUUACGAAUAUCAGAAUUAAAUGUUGCAUUCGCACCAGAAAAAAUUGGAAAUUUAAAUUCAUUACAAAUAACAUUUAUCAAAGAUGGAUCAACGCGACACAUUUACGUGUACCAUGACGACCCAGAGACAAUUACAAAUUGGUACAUGGCAAUACGAUGUGCGAAAUUACAUCGAUUGCAAGUUGCGUUUCCAAGUGCAAGCGAAAGUGAUUUAGUUGGACAUUUAACAAAAGAUUUUGCCAAAGAAGGAUGGUUAUGGAAAACGGGACCAAGGAGUAGUGACGGAUACAAGAAACGAUGGUUUACACUUGACAAUCGUAAAUUAAUGUAUCAUGACGAACCGCUAGAUGCACACCCGAAAGGGGAAAUAUUUUUAGGGCAUAACUCAGAAGGUUAUAGUGUACAUAGUGGAGUGACAGCAGGCACGAAGGAUCAAGGUUUCUCAUUUACGUUAAAGACCCCGGAACGUACGUUUAAUUUAUCGGCAACGACAGAAGCAGAUCGAGAUCAUUGGAUUGAAGUUAUACAACGGGUACUUGAAAAACCACUUACACCGCAAGACACAUCAAUCGCAGCCCGUCUUGUAAGGAAGCGAACAUCAUCAAAUACCAUGAAUAUAUUCUCAGCAAGAUAGAUAAUAAGAUUACAUGAAGCUCUCCUAAAAAUUCCCGUGUUGUGUUUAUAAGUUUCAAAUUUACAUUUUUAAUCCAGUAAAAUUAGAUCUAAAAUUUCUCAAAAAAUCCUUACCGCGUUGUAAUUUUUGUUGUACAUGAAAAAUACCUUUAAUCUGAACCGGGAACGAAUCGAAGAUUUUUAUGAUAUGAAUUUUUUAAGGCAUUAAAAUAAAGAUCUCCACUAAUAUUUAGCUUGGUCAGAAUUUUUCGAGAUGAUUUCUAAUUUAAUUGGAUUAGUUCUGUUCAUAUUAGUUCAGAAAACAUAUCGAAGUAGAGAUUUUUUGCCUAAAAUUUGCGUGCACUAGAACAAAAGAGGACGAAUGUGACAAGGGGUGAUGAAAGCCUAUGGAAUAAUAAUAGAAGACUGGAUUUAGAGUGUGUUAAGAUUAGAAUAUAAUCAUAUUUUUGCAUGGGUUCGAUUUUCAAAAAAAAAAAUGGUCUACCAAAAGUGAAGCCAAUGUUAUUUGCAGCAAUAGAUAUUAUUUCCAACGUUAAUUUAAAAAUAUAACCAAGACAUCAAGCAAUCUGGAAAAUCUAGAAAUAUAUAGAGAUUUUU